CUCUCCUGGCGGAACUGGAGGAAGAGAGUCUGGAGCCCACCAAGCGGCUCCACUUCCGGUCGGCGGGCAAAAACCUAGAGCGCUUCUCCUUUAAUUGUGGUGGGCGGGACGCGGCGACGCCACCGGCGUUGCUAUUGGCGGCGACUGGGGGCGCGGAAACUGAACUGGCACAACUGCCGCAGGAGCUGUCUCGGGCAUUUGGGGCGCAGCUGGUCCUGCCAGCCCCUCCAUGGCAGCUCCCAACCUGGAGGACCCCUCACUGGAGAGGCAUUUUAAAGGCCACCGAGAUGCAGUUACCUGUGUGGACUUCAGCCUCAGCACAAAGCAGCUGGCCAGUGGCUCCAUGGACUCGUGCCUCAUGAUUUGGCACAUGAAGCCCCAGUCACGUGCCUACCGCUUCACGGGCCACAAGGACGCUGUAAUGUGUGUGAAUUUCUCCCCAUCUGGACACCUGCUUGCCUCAGGCUCCCGAGACAAGACUGUUCGCAUCUGGGUACCGAAUGUCAAAGGUGAGUCAACUGUAUUUCGUGCACACACGGCCACAGUGAGGAGUGUCCACUUCUGCAGUGACGGCCAGUCACUUGUGACAGCCUCUGAUGACAAGACAGUCAAAGUGUGGUCAACUCAUCGCCAGAGAUUCCUGUUUUCCCUCAGUCAGCACAUCAACUGGGUCCGCUGUGCCAAGUUCUCCCCUGAUGGGCGGCUCAUCGUGUCCUCCAGUGAUGAUAAGACUGUCAAACUGUGGGACAAGACCAGCCGGGAGUGUGUCCACUCAUACUGCGAGCAUGGCAGCUUUGUCACCUACGUGGACUUCCACCCCAGUGGGACCUGCAUUGCCGCCGCUGGCAUGGAUAAUACAGUGAAGGUGUGGGAUGUGCGGAUUCACCGGCUGCUGCAGCAUUAUCAGUUACACAGUGCAGCCGUGAAUGCCCUUUCCUUCCACCCAUCGGGGAACUACCUCAUCACAGCCUCCAGCGACUCAACCCUGAAGAUCCUGGACCUGAUGGAGGGCCGGCUGCUCUACACGCUGCACGGGCACCAGGGGCCUGCUACCACCGUUGCCUUUUCAAGAACGGGGGAGUAUUUUGCUUCUGGAGGCUCUGAUGAACAGGUUAUGGUUUGGAAGAGCAACUUUGACUCUGCUGUUUAUGGAGCCGUGAAAGCACAGAGGCCUCCGUCCCUGGCCAGCUCUUCCGGGAAUCUGGCACCAGGCAGCACCAGUCUGGCCGUCCCCGUGAAGAUGCCUGCUGUCGGUGUGUGUCCAGAAAUGGAUCUGCCUGGCCCACCAGGCAGAGAAAACAGUCUGGAGUCAAUGCAAAGCCAGCCCCAGGAGCCUGUCAGCAUGCCCCAGGCACUGACUAGCACACUUGAGCACAUCGUGGGCCAGCUGGAUGUCCUCACACAGACAGUGGCCAUUCUGGAACAGCGGCUGACACUGACAGAAGACAAGCUGAAGAAAUGCCUGGAGAACCAACAGCUAAUCAUGCAGAGAACGCCACCGUGAUCAGGGGAGCAAGGAUCAGGAGCUCAGUUGAUCAGGGGGACAGCAGGCCAGGGAUUUGUACCGGGACCUGAGUAAAUAAACAAAGGGAUUCCGCCCUGAGGGAGCCACAUCUGUACCCAGGCUGGGAUGGGUGCUCCUCCCUC